UCGGCAGAAGGCGCUGUCACAGUUGAGGAGCGAAUUUAACGGAAGAAGUUGAAGAGUAGGGACUAGGGAGUGUUGUCACGUGUUAAUUGCCAUGUUAUUAGAAAUCUAAUCAUUUACAAAGAGUUUUUUUUAUAUGCCUGUAGUGUGUAAUUGUGUUUUUAUACUUUAAUUAACAAUUUGGAUAAUUGAGCUUAUUAUUUGAACAAUUAAUUUUAUUUGAACUGGUUCAUAAGCCUAAAGUCAGCAAUGGGUUGUGCUGUCAGUUCCUCUGCUGACAAAGAGGCAGUCGAGAGAUCCAAGAAGAUAGAUAAAGAUUUGAGAGCCGAUGGAGAAAGACAAGCCAGAGAAGCUAAACUAUUAUUAUUGGGUGCUGGUGAAUCAGGGAAAAGUACUAUUGCUAAACAAAUGAAAAUUAUACAUGAAUCUGGUUAUUCCAAAGAAGAAUGUCUUAAAUAUCGACUAGUUGUACACAGUAACACUAUACAAAGUUUAAUAAUUAUUAUAAGGGCAAUGGGACAGCUAAAAAUUAAUUUUGGUGAUCCUAUGAGAACAGAAGAUGCUCGUCAGUUUUUUACAAUUGCUGGAACUUCCCAAGAAGGUGAAUUGACACCUGAAUUAGCAGCAAUAAUGAAGAAACUGUGGUUAGAUUCUGGAGUGCAAGAAUGCUUUACACGUUCUAGGGAAUAUCAGUUAAAUGAUUCUGCACCAUAUUACCUGAAUUCUUUGGACAGAAUUUCACAACCUAAUUAUAUACCAAGUCAGCAAGAUGUUUUGAGAACAAGGAUUAAAACAACUGGAAUUGUAGAAACACUUUUUACAUUCAAAGGUCUUCAUUUCAAAAUGUUUGAUGUUGGUGGACAGAGAUCAGAAAGAAAAAAAUGGAUUCAUUGUUUUGAAAGUGUUACUGCUAUUAUAUUUUGUGUAGCUUUGUUUGAUGUUGGUGGACAGAGAUCAGAAAGAAAAAAAUGGAUUCAUUGUUUUGAAAGUGUUACUGCUAUUAUAUUUUGUGUAGCUUUAAGUGGUUAUGACUUAGUUCUUGCUGAAGAUGAGGAAAUGAAUCGCAUGUCAGAAAGUUUAAAACUUUUUGAUUCGAUAUGUAACAACAAAUGGUUUGUUAAUACAUCCAUUAUAUUAUUUUUGAACAAGAAAGAUUUAUUUGAAGAAAAAAUAACUAAAUCACCUCUAACGAUUUGUUUUCCAGAAUAUACAGGACGUAACACGUAUGAAGAAGCAGCUGCAUACAUUCAGAUGAAAUUUGAAAGUCAGAAUAAGCGUAAAGACACAAAAGAAAUUUACACACACUUCACUUGUGCCACAGAUACCAAUAACAUUCAAUUCGUUUUUGAUGCUGUUACUGAUGUCAUCAUCAAACACAACCUUAAAGAUUGUGGUCUAUUUUGAAAGGUAAUUGAUAGUUCCAAAUUAAGAAAAGCAACAAUCAAAGACUGUCUACAGAAUUCCAUUGCUUCUCAUGGAUGUAUGUUCACUGUGCCAAUUUAUGCAUUUUGAUAUGAAGUUUUCUGAAAAUGUCUUCCUUCUUUCAGAGUCUCGUGCCUUUCUCUCCUUUAAACUGCGUGCCAAUAUGUAUAAAAAAAAUGACCAAAUGUUUUUUCCACUCAAAGGGCAUAAAUGUGUAUGUUGUGAAUAACACUUCUAUUUUUUCACUAUUUACAGAAUUAAAUUAAAAUGACUGAAUAAAAAUAAAUGGGGAAAACAAGUCAUUCUUGACCUAUUUGCAAAGUACAGUACAUUGCAAUGUUGAAUUUGUAAAAUUUUCCUUUUUUCAUUUUUAAAUAAGCAAAAAACAUACUUUAUAAUGUUUUGUAAUGAAUGAAACAUUAAUAAUAUAAACUGUUAUAAAUUUCUUUAAAAAAAUAAUCAGUUAUGAGAUGAAAAAAAAAGUAAAUAUUUUAAGCUUGGGCAUUUAUAUUUGUUGUUUUGCAUGAUUAUUAAAAUUAUUUGAAUUUUAAAGUAAUGAAGCAAAAUGGUUGAAACAAUUGACAGCUUUAUAAAAAAAAAUAAUAAAAUUAUUACUUUUUGUGUUAACUUUAUUACAAUUAUUAUUAUUGGUUUCAGUCAUGUUCUUUUGUAUAAAAAAAAAAUAAGAUUUUACCUGUUUGUUAUUGUUUUUUUUUCUCUUCUUUCACUGUAUAUUAUUAUAAUUUAAUCUGUAAAAUGAUCACUUCACUCAAGAGUUUGGAUAAUCACUUUCCAUUAAUGGAAGUUGUCUUCACAAUCUGUGAUAUGUUGAAAUAGGUUCAUUGUGGAAGUAACAGUCUUAAACAAAUUCUGAAAAUCAUCAUUUAUAUCAAACUCGAAAAAAAUAAUAACUGUUGAUUUUAACAAUUAUUAUUGUCUUUUAUUAUACCAACAUAAUAGAAAUGAUCAUUCCCACAAUGUAUUUUUAUAUAUUUAAUCAAUGGAAUAAAAGUUUUGAUGGACCAAUUUUCUUCCAGAACAUUGUACAUAUUGAAUUUUUAUUGUGUAUGCAUAUUGGGCAUUGUUACUUUUUUAUAACUUUUUCCUUAUCAGUGAGUGCUAUACUACCUAACUGCUUUGUCAGAAGUUAAAAGUACAUGUUAAUUUGUUAAACAAAUAACUGGCAAAAGAGAGAGAGAAUUUCACUCACAAAUAAUACUGUUUGUGACUUUAUUUCCUCUCCAUUUUAUCUGGAGCUAAUUUGUUAAAAAAAAUCAAAUUUUUAACAAGAUAUUAGAUAAAACAUAUUAAUAAAUAUUGUUAAUAUUUUUAAUCUAUUAUCAAGAACUAUCUUAUAAUUGUGGUUUAUAAUUACAUACAAGAGAGAAUUGUGAAGUUUCAUAUUCUAAAGCUGUUCUAUAAUUUCAAAAAAAAA